AUGCAUAACGUCAAUAUGGAUGUAUUUAAAUCCGUUCCUUUAACCUUCGGCGCUAUUUUGGAAACCAUUCAGCUUCUCGGUUGCUCGCAACAAAGCUUUCCCGCUGAUCACACAGCCAUUUCUAACAGCAUGGAUCAUGCAACAUAUACCACGUAUUAUGGCGUCGACCAUUCCUAUGCUGGAGACCUCACCGGACAGGCAAGCGAAGCCGAUGAUCUACUUGAUCCUUUGUUGAGAGAAUAUCUUCCUACGUCAUUAAGACUAUUCUUCAACCCAAUUAGACAUAUUCAGCGCUCUGGGCCUUCUAUGGCUCCUGCACAACCCCUCAUCUCCUUGACAGAAGAGAAAGUCGGAUACCCCGGUUUUGGAUAUAUAACAGGCGGAGAGAAGCUGUCGGAUUUGUGCGAGGCCACCGCCGAAAACGAAUACAGUGUUGGUAAUCGUACCACGCCUAAUGCUAUCAUUUAG